GACAAGUGUGUGCGCGUGUGUGUGACAAAGAAAGACAGACAGAGACAGAGAGUGGUGGUAACAGCGACCCCUGCGGAUGAAACAGGAACUACAGGCGUCGCCUCUUUCUACAAUAUCGGCUGUUGGCCCCGCGUUGCUGAUGGAAACGGACUCCAAACAAAGUUAAACCCCCGCGAGGACACUCGACCCGGAUUAGAAAACUACGAAGCCUAAACUUCCAAACAGUGGCUCGGCCUCUCUCCUGCCUCGGGGACAAUGAGCUCACCUUUGACGAUGCUGAAGAAAACGAAGCGCGCUCCAUUGCAGGGCCCUCUGGAUGAGCGACGGGGCAGAAGCAACGUGCCUCUCGGGAGGAACAUGCUGAAAGAAUUUCAGGCUGCAUUGGCUGAUGAUGAAUCCUCUGAUCCAACUCUUCCUCUGACCUGUCACACUGCAGCCCAUGAUGCCACUACUUCAAAGUCAAAAGCCCCAUCAAAGAAAGCCUCUUUAGGUGCUCCGCCAAGCGACUUUGAGCUAAUGUCUGCCAUGAUGCGGCGAGUCAGCCUGCUGGAGCAAAAAGUGACGAGCCAAGCAAAGGAGAUAGAGCGCAAGGAUGAAAGGAUUUCCGUGUUGGAGGCAAAGCUGAGGUUUCCCACAGAACCAGAGAGCACCCAUCCGAGUGGCAGUGACAACCUCGAGAGGAGGUGCCGACAACUGCAGAGCCAAGUGUGUGAAAUGGACGGCUUUCUGGAAGACUAUGGUUUGAUCUGGGUGGGAGAUGGUGAGAGGGAGCAGCCAGACGCCUCUGUGGUCCUGGGCUUCAACAUGAACUUUGACCUUGUGCUGCAGAGGACCAGGGAGCUGAACUUCCUGUCAGGGGAAGGAGAGUGUUUUGUCCAAUCGACAGCCACGGGGGCACAGUUGGCCAAAAAGGAUCCGAUUCAACUGGGUCUCUACCGCAACGGCAUCGUCAUGUUUGAGGGUCCUUUCCGCUCCUAUCAGGAGCACAGCACCCAGCGAUGCAUGCAAGAUCUGAUGGACGGGUAUUUUCCAUCCGAGCUUCAAGAACGAUUUCCAGACGGUGUGCCCUUUGAGGUUCAUGACAUGCGAGAUCAGGAUUUCAUCUCCAGGACACCUUGGAGUAAGUUUCCUGGCAAAGGAAAGGCCAUUCGUGGGCAGAAUGAUGAAGCAUCGAAUGCUGUCGGCUCUCAAUUACCCGGCAGGAAGUUAAGCACGGAUCAGUUCCUGAACAGGUUACCAAAAGUGGUCGUGAAGGCUGGUUGUGUGAUUGACAUCAGGGACUCAGUGAGGGCAGUCCUGCAGGGCUCAUCUGAUGCACAGAGCAGCAACUCGGUGAUCCUCGUAGACACACCGGCACUGCAAGUGAUACGAGACAGACUGCAGACAUCCAGCCCGGAUCGGCCUUCAUCUGCCCGUGACGUCAUCACCCUCAAGGUGAAAUCAGAAGACGGGAAUCAUACGUACAUCCUGACAAUGUGCUUCUCCGAAACAAUGGGUCACCUGCGACAGCAUCUGGACAAACACAGAGGCGGCGACCUCCCCGGUUAUGACAUCAUCAGCGCGUACCCACAGUGCCACUUUGAUGACGACCGCCAGACGCUCCAAUCGUGUGGACUCACGACCGACGCUACUCUGCUGAUGCGAAAGAGGAAACACCCUCCGACUGGAGUCAAUAAAGUGAACCCAUAAAAGGUUUUGCAUCAGUUUUCUGUACGGCCGUCAUUUGGACUCUUCGUAGUAGUAAAAGCACAGGUGUUACUAAGCACAGGUGUUACUAAUCACAGUAACAAGUCGUUUUGAUGUGUAACAUGAGUACAGGGGUUGAGUUGGUGGUUCACUGUGACUGAAUCAAUGGAACUGAUGGAAACACAACAUCUUAUAAACACUGUCAGAAAGAAACAGGCUCUAAUGGGGAUCCAUCAUGUAUGAAGUGAAACAUUUGUUUUUAACCCUUUUAGAUCACAUUCCGGUCAUAUUGUGCAUCGUAUUAAAUGUAUUUGAAACGCAACAUGCAAAAAUGACAUGUAAUGUAAUGCAAUGUAUACGUGUAUUGUGGUUUUAUAUCACAACCAUAUCAUCUUUUCUUCCUGGAAAACAAUAAGUAAAACUAGUAACAACCAAUUUCAAUGAAUAAUAUCGUGACAACCAACCAAUCAGCAACUUUUAAUAAAGAGGCAUCUUUUAGUAAAAAGUGUGUGUGUGUGUGUCCACAGUAAAUCCGCAAGAUACAUUUGAAGACCGCCCACUUUUUAGAGAUGCCUUCAAAGGAUUUCGAACAACCCUCGUGAAACUGUACACCGCUGUGUUGUCUCUAAUCAGAUGCAUUUCAAGGCCGAAACAGAUCCAGCAUAUUUAAUCGUUAGUCUGGGCUUUCUG